CUGAGGUUUUUGAGUGUAAGCUUGUUUCCUGGUGGAGACCUGUCUGAGAAAAGGGUGGGUCUGGGAUGUGAAGGGUACAUACAGAAUGUUAGAGAAUCUUCUAGCCUGCUUACUGAGUUCGAUCGCUGUUUCCAAUCUUAGUUACUGUGGGGCAAUAGACAGAUGCCUGGAUAUUUUUAAGGCAGUCUAUCAUCUAGAUCUCGGACUGACUUUUAAGCAAUGCUUUGCUCAAUUAGAUGAAAUAGACUUUAAAGUGGUAAGAAAUUCAUACCUAUGCUCUUCUUUCUCUUCCUCUUCCUCCUCCUCUUCUUCCUCCUCCUCCUCCUCCGUUUUCAAUACAGUUUUGUAAAAUACCUUAAGGAAAUCAUCUUCAACACCUGCUAACUUUGAGGCCCUGACAAGAGAGUUCAAUUAUUAAGUAGUCAGGAAACUGAAAUUCUACCCCCCUCCCCAUGAACUGGUGAUUGGAUGGGGAAAGGAGUCCUGCAGUCUGGACACACUUCACAGUUCCCACUUAACAGAACCCCUUGAUGCUUCCUGGACACUCCCCAAUUCCACAACCAAGUUGUGUUUUCUCCUUGCAUUUGAGGCUUUUGAAAGGUCCUGUUAGAGGGACUCUGUGAGAGAGCUGGUUGCUUCUACCCUGUCAAACCUGCAUUCAAUCGCCUCUCAUCUGGACACUCACUAUUAUUCUCUUUUGGGGAUACUAGAGAGGAAAGAGAAAGAGAGAGGAAGAGGGGGGAAGAGGAGAAGAGAAGAAAGCAGCAGGAGGAACUAAAGGAAAAGAAAAUCAAUGUCAGAAACCUCCCUCCUUUGAGGUCUCCAAAGAGUAUGAAUUACCCCAUUGCUUUUCAAGUUUCUCCAUCCCCCAAGUAAUAGAGAGAGAGGGAAAAGAGGAGGUGAGAAAGGGAAGAAGGAAGGGAGAUAGAGAGAGGCAGUAAGGGAGAGAAGGUAGAGGGGAACCUGGGAAAGAAGGAAGAAAGGAAGGAAGAGCGGAAAGUUGAAAGAAAACGCAGAGUUGUUGAGAUAGAAGUAAAUCUAAAUUGAAGGAAAGGUUUUGGUGCACAGGGAUUGAAGCAAAAUGCAAAAAAGUCCGUUCAAGUAGCUAAGGAUGCUUGAGCUCUUAUUUGGGACACCCAGGCAGAGCCAGAGAGACUCAGCUCUUCCACCUGCAGGAUGUGGAUAACUAGCUCAUCCUGGCCUUGAAGGGAAGUCUGUGAAGAGAAAAGCUCAUUCCAAAUAUGGUUUCACUUUCCAAAGCCUCUGCAUGAAAGAGGGGAACUAGGAAGCAAAGGUCCAAGGGGCUGGUACUCGCCCCCAUCUCUACCCAUGUCCUUCUGGCAAAAGAAUGUUUCCCUCAGGUUCUCUUCUCUUUCUUGGUCUUGGCUUUAUUCUUUUGAAUACCUAUACUCUUGAGUGCUUUACUUCUUUCAGCUCCCCUUCAUGCUCCCUCGAGCACACGCUAUGCGCGCACACGUGCACACACACACACUCACACACACACACACACACAAUUGUAUAGUCAAGGCUUCUUAGUGCUCGCUCCCGACCAAAGGCUAAGCGUGUUCCCCUACUUGGAGCUCAUUUUCAUGAUGGGAAACGCUGAAGGGUUUUCAACACACAUUAAAAAACAAACAAAAUACACAGCGCGAAAGAAAUCCAAAUCCCGCAGUGUGGUAUGAGCCUGCCUUCCCCCCUGGUGCCCAAGGGUGUAGGGUAACCGGGGAGAGCUGCUACAGAGGCGGCGCACCCAGCAGCAGCGGCGGAGCUGGAAGCCUGCUGCAGCCUCAUCUCCUCCCUCCUUUAUUGAGGGUGCCAAGCGGCAAUCCUGCAUCCUAAAGAAGCCCAUUGAAGAGCCCAUUGCAUUCUCUGCACGUCUCAAGCUAGCUUUUUAAUUUAUUUUUUAGGGCCUUCCCCCCUCUCCUCAACCCCCCUAGCUUCGGCUUCUGCAAGAAGGGACUGGACAAGAGAGGAUCCUUAAACUCAAGCUUUGUUUUCCUUGCUGCUUGUCUUUUCAUUCUUUUCCAUAGUCAGUGCUGAGAAACAAAAAUAAAAACCAAUAUCCAAACGUCCUGCAAAAAUAGUUUUGUUAUCAACCAGGAACGAUGAAGCCAACCAUAACUGAGAUGCUUCACAGAGGGAGAAUGCUGUGGAUCAUUCUUCUAAGCACAAUUGCUCUAGGUUGGACUACCCCGAUUCCCCUGAUUGAGGACUCAGAGGAAAUAGAUGAGCCCUGUUUUGAUCCAUGCUACUGCGAAGUUAAAGAAAGCCUCUUUCACAUACAUUGUGACAGCAAAGGAUUUACAAACAUUAGUCAGAUUACUGAAUUCUGGUCAAGACCCUUUAAACUGUAUCUUCAGAGGAAUUCGAUGAGAAAAUUGUACACAAAUAGUUUUCUUCACUUGAAUAAUGCUGUGUCCAUUAACCUUGGGAACAAUGCAUUGCAGGACAUUCAAACUGGAGCUUUUAAUGGCCUUAAGAUUUUAAAAAGACUAUAUCUCCAUGAGAACAAACUAGAUGUCUUCAGAAAUGACACCUUCCUUGGCUUAGAAAGUCUGGAAUAUCUUCAGGCAGACUACAAUGUCAUUAAACGAAUAGAGAGUGGGGCAUUUCGGAACCUAAGUAAAUUGAGGGUUCUAAUCUUAAAUGAUAAUCUCAUCCCCGUGCUUCCAACCAAUUUAUUUAAAGCUGUUUCCUUAACCCAUCUGGACCUUCGUGGAAACAGGUUAAAAGUUCUGUUCUACCGUGGGAUGCUGGAUCACAUUGGCAGAAGCCUGAUGGAGCUCCAGCUAGAAGAGAAUCCUUGGAACUGUACCUGUGAGAUUGUGCAGCUCAAGAGUUGGCUGGAGCGAAUUCCUUACACAGCCCUGGUGGGAGACAUCACCUGUGAGACACCUUUCCACUUCCAUGGGAAGGAUCUCCGUGAAAUCAAGAAGACUGAACUCUGUCCACUCUUGUCUGACUCUGAGGUGGAGGCCAGUCUGGGGAUUCCCCACUUAUCAUCAAGCAAGGAGAAUGCCUGGCCCACGAAACCCUCCUCUAUGUUAUCUUCUGUCCAUUUUACUGCUUCAUCUGUUGAAUAUAAAUCCUCUAAUAAGCAGCCAAAACCCACCAAACAGCCCCGAACACCCAGACCACCAUCUACAUCCCAGGCUUUAUAUCCUGGUCCAAAUCAACCUCCUAUUGCCCCCUAUCAGACUAGACCACCCAUUCCCAUUAUAUGUCCUACUGGGUGUACAUGUAAUUUGCAUAUCAAUGACCUUGGCUUGACUGUCAACUGCAAAGAACGAGGAUUUAACAACAUCUCUGAACUCCUUCCAAGGCCCUUGAAUGCCAAGAAGCUGUACCUGAGUAGCAAUCUUAUUCAGAAGAUAUACCGCUCCGAUUUUUGGAAUUUUUCUUCUUUGGAUCUCUUGCACCUGGGGAACAAUCGCAUCUCCUACGUCCAGGAUGGGGCUUUCAUCAACCUGCCCAAUCUGAAGAGUCUCUUUCUCAAUGGCAAUGAUAUAGAAAAGCUGACACCAGGGAUGUUCCGCGGUCUCCAGAGCUUGCAUUACUUGUACUUCGAAUUCAACGUCAUCCGGGAAAUCCAACCUGCAGCCUUCAGCCUCAUGCCCAACUUGAAGCUGCUAUUUCUCAACAAUAACUUGCUGAGGACCCUGCCAACUGAUGCCUUUGCAGGCACAUCCCUGGCUCGGCUCAACUUGAGGAAGAACUACUUUCUCUACCUGCCAGUGGCUGGCGUCCUUGAACACCUGAAUGCCAUUGUGCAGAUAGAUCUCAAUGAGAAUCCUUGGGACUGCACUUGUGACCUAGUCCCCUUUAAGCAGUGGAUCGAAACCAUCAGCUCAGUCAGCGUAGUAGGUGAUGUACUCUGUAGGACCCCUGAGAACCUCACCCACCGUGAUGUGCGCACUAUUGAGCUGGAAGUUUUAUGCCCGGAGAUGCUGCAUAUUGCCCAACCUGGACCAUCCCCACCCCAGUCUGGAGAUUACCACCCUAACGGGGGACCGACAAGUGCAUCACCUUAUGACUUCUCUCCUCCCGGGGGCCCUGUGCCACUUUCUGUGUUGAUUCUCAGCCUGUUGGUUCUGUUCUUCUCAGCUGUCUUUGUUGCUGCAGGCCUCUUUGCCUAUGUGCUCCGUCGGCGUAGGAAGAAGCUACCCUUUAGAAGCAAGAGGCAGGAAGGUGUGGACCUUACAGGAAUCCAGAUGCAAUGCCACCGUCUGUUUGAGGACAGUGGGGGCAGUGGUGGUGGGAGCGGAAGUGGAGGGCGACCAACUCUGUCCUCGCCAGAGAAAGCCCCUCCCGUGGGUCACGUGUAUGAGUAUAUACCCCACCCAGUUACUCAAAUGUGUAACAACCCCAUCUAUAAGCCUCGAGAAGAGGAAGAAGUGGCUGCCUCAGCAGCACAGGACACAGGAGCUACAGACCGUGGAGGUCCUGGGACACAGCCACCAGGAAUGGGUGAGGUGCUCUUAGGAAGUGAGCAGUUUGCAGAAACACCCAAGGAAAACCACAGUAACUACCGGACCUUGCUGGAAAAAGAGAAGGAGUGGGCCCUGGCUGUUUCCAACUCUCAACUCAACACCAUAGUGACGGUGAACCAUCACCACCCUCACCCUCACCACUCGGCUGUUGGUGGGGUUUCAGGGGUAGGUGGAGGGACUGGGGGAGACUUGGCUGGGUUCCGCCACCAUGAGAAGAAUGGUGGGGUGGUGCUGUUUCCCCCUGGGGGAGGUUGUGGUGGUGGCAGUCUGCUACUAGAACGUGAGAGGCCACAGCCUGCUCCAUGCACAGUGGGAUUUGUGGACUGUCUCUAUGGCACAGUGCCCAAAUUAAAGGAACUACAUGUCCACCCCCCUGGCAUGCAAUAUCCAGACUUACAGCAGGAUGCCAGGCUGAAAGAAACCCUUCUCUUCUCAGCUGGAAAGGGCUUCACAGACCACCAAACCCCCAAAAGUGAUUACCUCGACUUAAGGGCCAAACUUCAAACUAAGCCGGAUUACCUCGAAGUUCUGGAGAAAACAGCAUACAGGUUCUAACAGAAAGAAGAAAAUAAAUUAGUGGCUUUGUUUUGAUUUCCAAAAGAAAAGGAAAAUAAAAAGAAAUAUAUCCCCGGCUCCCAUUAUACUUGUCCCAAUAACUACAUCCUUACAAUUUCCCCUGCCCAAGACAGAACUGAAACGCAUGAUAACUAGAGAAUACAAAAGUGUGCUCCCCCCCCUCUCAGAUGCGAUUUUGAGGAAGGGCCAUACUCAGAUCAUUAAUCAAUGAAGUGCCUUCGCAGACUUUUGCCAGCAAAUGUUAUCAUUAUUUUUUUAUACUGAAACUCGAGACUUUGACUGUGCCAUGUGUGAGGUAUAUUGGGGAUCGUUGUAUUGAUCCUAAAUGAGUAAAAUUCAAUGUGUCUUUUUAUUUCCUUUAACUUUUCUUCCCUUUAGUUGCAGUUGGAAAGGGAGGGGGGAGGUUGACAUUUAUGGCUUUCUCUCCUUUUCCCAUCAUGGCACAGGUUCUGUACAUGUAUAAACAAUGCAGUUUGCUGCAUGCUUGAAAACUGCAGGAUGGGGAGGGAGGGGCGGGUCUUGCUCGAAUGUUCUCACACUGUUCUCUCACACACAUAUUCAUGUGCACACAACAAAUCCCUACAUACACGUAGGUCCCACAGCCUGCACUGGGUGCAGUACACACACACACACACACACACACACACACACACAUACUCCUCCCCUGCAACUUAAUAUGCUUAGUUCUGGUUUAAUCUAUUUCUUCCUCUACAUAGCUCCACGCGCCCUUCACUCGUAGUGUACAGCUCACAGCAUCUCUCCUACCACCCUGGGAAAAGUCACAUUCGAGGCUGGAUCCUACUGAAGCCAAGGCUUGUUGGUUUAACAGCUGGAGACACACCUAGGGUUGAGCACCCUCCUCGUGACAUUUCAUCCUGAUGUCAAGAUUUUUGAGAACAUCUGCACUUUCUUAUAUAUAUAUAUAUAUAUAUAUAAAUAUAUAUAAAUAUAUGAUAUUAAAAAAUAAAAGAGCAACUGGGUAUAUAUCACUAACAGCUUUGUAGGAAGCACUUUUAAUGUUUUCUCUCUCACACACAAAGAUUCAAAGGAAAUGUGCAUAUAUUUAUUCUGUAAUUUCAGUGAUUAUAAAUUGUAAAGGUAAUGUUUAAUCAUUGUAUAGUGAUUAUGCGUCUGGUAUAGCUUUCCUAAUAAAAUGUUUUUGAAAAACAUAAUACAUUAUAUAUAGAGGAUACAAAGCUUCAAUUUAACCUUCAGCUAUGCCAUGCUUUUCGUAUUCCCGUUUAAAAAUGUUAUUUUAUUUGGUAUACAGAAAGCUAAAUGAUUAACAAGUUCGAUGCACUGUGAUAUUGAUAAAUAUUAUUAUUAUAAUACCUUAUCCAUAUUCCAUAUUAGGAUUAAAUUGGGGCUUGGAUAUUCUGAUCUGUUUUUCAUGGGUUAUACAUUUUAAAUUCAGUUUCCCAGUGAGGCACUGAGAAAUAGGUGGGGUGUGACUGGGAGAAAACAAAGUGACUGGAUGAGGAAAUAUAGGACUAAUCUGGAUGAGAUAAUCGAGCGUCUGUGGGUUUCAGACAAAUGACACGAAGGAACAGAGAAACGAUGUAGCUCUCCUUUAAAUAAAAACAAGCACUAAAAUUAGAUCCAAGAGCAACUUAGGUACAACAGCAAUCUUCAUGCUCAAACACAGCACCAGAAAAGCCUAGGACUUCAAGUCAAUGAAGUUUUAGAAUAUCUGUUACCUGCUAAAGUUGUGAUUUUUAUGUUUGGACUUUUUUUUUCCCUCAACCACUCACAGAAAAUGGACCCGGAAAUGCUUGAGUUAAGAACCUUGAUUAUGAUUAAGUUUCAUUUUUCUGUAUGACGUUAAAAGAUGUUUCAAAGUUUCUUGAGGAUACGUUAAGUUAUGAUCCAUUUCAUGUGAGCAGAACACCAAAGAAAAUUGAAAUUUAGGACGCAAAUGAGAGAUAGAGGUACUUACCGCAUUCAGCCAGUAGAUGGCAGCAGAGCUUCAGCGAUCUCCAGACACAGCCAUCACUGAAGUGUGGAGUGAGGUUUGGAUUCCUUAAAGUUGCCCUUGGAAAUGAUCAUUACACAUUGAAUGUAGUUCCCCAUGAGUCGCUGAGGCCUUACAUUCCAUCAUUUUCUCAUAGAAAAGGAGAAUGCCAUCAGUUUCUAGGUCCGUGUGGUAUAUGCAUUCAGGGUAUUGGAUUUAAAAGAUGGGGGAAAAGUGAAUGUCUUGAACUUGUUAAUGUAACCAUUAACUACAUGGAACUAUUAGUGUGGACAUACAGAGAUAAAACACACAAGUACAUCAAUAUAAAAUGCACGCUUCAGGGAUUCUUUGCAUUUAAUAUUAGACAUAUGUAAUUUCUGUCCUCAAUUAUUCAUUCUAUUUUGGAGUCUAUUUAGAAAGCCCAUAUAACUAAUUACUGUCUCUUUAUGUAAAAUGUCGAAAUGGAGCUCUCCUUAUGUAGUAGAGUUGAACACGUUACAAAACAGAUGCCUUUUUGUAAGCUUUCUAUAGAUCACGUUCACUAGAUAGUUCAUCUUCCGUGUUCUUUCUAAUUAUCUUUCCCUAUUACUAAUUUUUUAAAAUGACAUUACUGCUCUUAGAGGGUUUACAACCAGACUUAUGGAGUCACUGUAAACUACAGUGACUAUUUACCUUCCAAUUCUUCUUAAUCAAUCAUUCUGGCGAACACAAGAAAUAAGAGCAAAUACCUAGAUCUUUCAAAUGCUAACAAUGCCUUCCUAGAGAACUGUGGGGCCACGCAACACAGUCUAUUAAACGUAUCAGGUUAAAUGUCAACCCUAAGGACCCUGGUGCUUUCGACAUUGGAACAUAAGUCUUCAUAAACCUCAUCGAAUUAAAAUAUAAAUUGAUAAUUGUAAUAUUUAUAUUUUAUUUAUCAAAUAUUGAGGUAAGACUGUCUAAUCUUAAAAUUCACCCUUGAAUGACUAAUAAAUUCAUUUAUAUAGUGAGAACAAAUUUAUAUGAGAAUGAAAUUUUGUAUUUAAGAGGACAAUAUUUUGCUUUCAUGGAUUUUUAUAUCCCCUGACUCAGUUACUUAAUUUAAUUUUGCACUAAAAUUGAGUUAAGAAACUUUAGUUUAUAAUAACAUAUUAUUUCCUUUAAAUGUCAUUAAUCUUACCCCAAAAGUAUGAAUUGGCAUUUGCUUCAUGUUUCUUAUUGAAGAAAAUGACUUAUUUUUUUACAGAAUAGGUAACUAAAUCCCUUCAUAGCAAUGCUUUGCUGCUGAGUUCGACCAAGAUUUCACAUGUAUUUGCUUUUCUUCAUUACUCUUUUUAUUAUUAAUUACAAUAAUAGUAUUUGGACAUUGCAAAUGCACUGUGUUGUCCCUUUAAUGCUGACAUGAUUAGGGUAAAACUAUUGCAGGUGAUCAGUUUAAUUCAGAAUACUAUUCAAAUGUUAGAUAUCAUUAUAUGGUAUUAUUUAUGUAGAUGCUUUUAUAUUUUGAAUAGAGAUAUAUUACUUCAUCAAAUUGCAAAAUUAUUUAAAAUAGGAUGGUAACUGCAAUAUUUUUAAUAAAAGUUCAGAGAGAAGAUAACAAAGAAACUUUAA